AUGCAAAAAAUCUUUCAUUUUAACAAAGGCGGAGAUUCUCCAUAUCCUUGGGAUUUAGAAAAAAAAUACACCGUUUCUGGUGUUCUUGGUAAAGGUUCUUUUGCCGUGGUUAGAAGAUGCAAAGACAAACGAACCAAUAUUGAUUAUGCUCUUAAGAUAAUUUCGAAAAAAGUCAUAAAAGGAAAAGAGCAAAUGUUGACGACAGAACUAGAUGUUCUUAAACAAGUCGACCAUCCCAAUUUAGUAACCUUACAUGAUUUAUUUGAAACCAAGGAAAAUGUAUAUAUCAUCACCGAUCUUGCAAACGGUGGAGAAUUGUAUAAUCAACUUGAGCAAAAAGGACAUUAUACAGAAAAAGACGCUGCUCAUCUUAUAGAGCAAGUACUUCAAGGUGUUGCCUAUCUCCAUGAUAACGAUAUUGUUCAUAGAGAUUUGAAACCUGAAAAUCUCUUGUUCAGCGACGCAACUCCAAACUCUAAAUUAAUGAUCACUGAUUUUGGUCUUUCUAAAAUUCUAAAAAAUCAUGAUGAUAUAUUAAUGACUGCUUGCGGUACACCGGGCUACGUAGCACCUGAGGUCUUGAGCCAAAAAGGUUAUUCAAUACCGUGUGAUAUUUGGUCACUUGGUGUCAUUCUUUAUACUGUCUUAAGUGGAUAUACACCGUUUUGGGGUCAAGACCAAGCUGCCUUGUUUGACUCUAUUUUGAAAGGAAGGUAUGAUUUCGAUGAAGAUUAUUGGGAUCAUAUAAGUAAUGAAGCUAAAGAUUUAAUAAAUAAGAUGUUAACUUACAAACCGAGUGAACGAAUAACGGCACAUGAUGCUUUAAAACAUCCUUGGUUUGAGUAUGCUGCUAAAUUAACAGUUCCUCAAGCCAGCACACACACCGUUGUUCAAACUCGUGCUAAACUAAAGAAAGCAAUUCACGUUAUUCAAGGUGUGACUAGGAUGCGAAGAAUAAGUAAAGCUCGUGUAGAUAAUCACAAUAAUCACAAUAAUAUGUUUGAUGAUUAUACAAAUGGAAUUAUUGGUGUCGGGGUUGGGCAUGAGAUAAAUACUAUCGAAGAAAAUAAUGAAUCAGAUCCUAGUGUUUCAAUUCUACCAUUAGGAAGUUCUAGUUUAUUUGGAACGAAUCUUCCCACCGCUGGAAUUAAUAAUUACCCUAUUUCUGGAUCUUCGAAUCAAACACAGCCUGUUGGUUUUUUUAUGCACAGCAAUAAAUUAGAAAUAGAUAUUGCACAUUUGGAUUUAACAAACUUGCCACAAUCUGAUGAAAUUAAUUCAACUCCUUCAACACCAACCGUUCGAGUACACUAA